AUGCGCUUCAAUGAAGUAAAUAUUUCCAUGGCGAGUCCGCCGGGAGGCGCGGGCGCGCCGCGCGACGACGCGCCGCGACCGCCGCCCCCGCCCGCGCCCCGCAACGGCACCCCGCCCAAACAAGGCGCCUUGACAAUAGUCCGUCGCUCGUCCAGCCGUGGCAAAGGCGAGGGCUGCCCCACGCCCACUGAUGAACAGCUGGACCAGCUAGACUUGGAAACAGAGCACUUGCCCGCCGUCGACACGCCCGAUGCCUGCGACAAAGCCGCUCUUAGACUACGCUAUCUGCUAAGACAGUUGAACAAAGGUGAAAUACCCGCGGAAACGUUGCAAAGGAAUCUACAGUACGCCGCCAAAGUCCUCGAAGCUGUCUACAUAGACGAAACGAAGGAUAGGAGAGGGGCGGAGCCGCCACGCGUGCAGCCGGCGACCCUCCACAGGCGACGCCUUCGCACACCGUGCUGGGCGAGAUGCUCAGUUGACAAACCGAACGCAGCGAAGCGACUGGCGGACGAAGAUGACGAACUGUCGGAAGUUCAACCGGACGCCGUGCCGCCGGAGGUCAGGGAGUGGCUGGCGUCGACCUUCACGAGACAGCUGGCGACCUCGAAGAGGAAGUCGGACGAGAAGCCCAAAUUCAAGUCGGUGGCGCACGCCAUCAGGGCGGGCAUAUUCGUGGACAGAAUCUACAGGCGGGUGACAAGCACCGCGCUGAUGCAGUUCCCACAGGACGUCGUCAGAGUUCUAAAGACACUUGACGAGUGGUCCUUCGACGUGUUUGCUUUACACGAGGCGGCAGCUGGAGCGCCAGUGAAAUAUCUUGGAUAUGAACUUCUCAACAGAUAUGGAAUGAUUCACAAAUUCAAGGUGCAAUCCACAAUCCUGGAGAAUUUUCUCAGCAGGAUAGAAGAGGGUUACUGCAAGUUUCACAACCCCUAUCACAACAAUUUGCACGCCGCUGACGUCGCGCAAACCGUUCACUACAUGCUCUGUCAGACCGGACUCAUGAAUUGGUUGUCGGACCUGGAGAUAUUCGCGACCCUCGUGGCAGCGGUUGUCCACGACUUCGAGCACACCGGCACCACAAACAACUUCCACGUUAUGUCCGGCUCCGAAACAGCCCUUCUCUACAACGACCGCGCCGUGCUCGAGAAUCAUCACAUCAGCGCCGCUUUCAGGCUCAUGCGCGACGAGGAGUGCAACAUUCUGCAGAACCUGUCACGCGACGAGUUCCGCGAGUUCCGGACGCUCGUGAUCGACAUGGUGCUGGCGACGGACAUGUCGUUCCACUUCCAGCAGCUGAAGAACAUGCGCUCGCUGCUCACCCUAGCGGAGCCUGCCGUCGACAAGUCCAAGGCUGUCUCCCUAGUACUUCACUGCUGCGACAUAUCGCAUCCUGCGAAGAGAUGGGACCUCCACCACCGUUGGACAAUGAGCCUGCUCGACGAGUUCUUCCUGCAGGGUGACAAAGAGCGCGAGCUGGGCCUCCCGUUCAGCCCGCUCUGCGACAGGAACAACACUCUGGUGGCGGAGUCCCAGAUCGGCUUCAUCGAGUUCAUCGUGGAGCCCAGCAUGGCGGUCUGCGCCGACAUGUUGGAGUGCAUCCUGGGCCCGCUGCAUUCCAACACGAAGAACUCGUCGAGCAGCGGGCAGGAGCCGAUCACUGAAGAGGGUUCAGGUGGGGAAGGCAGCAACAAAUUCAAAAUUCGGAAGCCAUGGGUGGCUUGCCUGGGCGACAAUAAAAAGAUAUGGAAAGAGCAAGCGGCAAAAGACGCUGAAGCCCGCGCAAAGCUUGAAGACGAGAGCAAUGGUGUGCCGCCAGUAACAGAAGAA